AUGUCCACUGAUUUGAGUCAGAUUCUGCUCCAGGUAAAUCUACCGGGAUUCGACGGUCACUCCGUAAGAGGUGUCAAAGCACCCUGGUUUAUCAGCCGGUUGCGCCCUUGGGAACUGAGCGCCAAAAAUCGGGGAAAGUACAAAAGCGCGGUUCGAUCGGACUUUCUCGAGGCCAGUGGCUUUGGAAUUUGGACCAAACGGGUCCUUUUCCAAGGCCUCGACCGCUCCGGGCGCCUCUCGCCUCUCCACCGAAGGGAGAGUCGGCGCCGCGCACGAGGGCCCCGAUGCGGCUCCCCGGCGCGCAGAUGUGGCUCCGCUGCCCCCGCGCAGUUCCCGCGCAGCCGGCGCUCUGCCUCCUCCUCCUCCUCCUCCCGCUGCUGCUUCCUGCUUCCCGCUCGGCGCCACCGGUUCUUUCCAUUACCCCCCAGGGUAAAAAGUUUGGAGACUCUGCCACAGAGGACACAAGGCAGCUCACAGCAAUUAAGCCCCAGCAAGCGGUUCGGCGUCCGGGAAGUGCGCCAAGCCAGCCGCGAGGCUGUUCCAGGUGUUGGGCAUAUAUAUCGACUUAAAUUUUCAAUGGAAGAAAUCCUUCAAAAAGGCAGCCCUGUAAACUGCACAGCUGAAAUUCUUUAUCAUCAUGGAGACCCACACGUUGCUCCUGAGGUGCAUUAUACGGUGGAAGGAGAGUUUGGAACUAACACAGAGCAAGCAGAUAACAAAUUCUACAGCAGGAUCAAGAAUUUGUCUGAACCACUAGAGGCACAAAAUAUUCCAGACAGUUACGGAAAUGUGUCUGCAGAAAUGGAGCCUGUUCGGUGUUUAGCAUGGGUUGCCUGUAGUUACGUAAUGUGGCAGAAUUCAACAGAAGAAACCUGGCUCAAAAUGGCACAAGUUGAAAGUGUCAAGCAAGUGAAAAGAAAUGAUGAUUACCUUGAAUUUUUGUUUGUGGUCCUAAUCCAUGAUUUUGUAUCUCAGGAAAUUAUUCCUUGGCAUAUGCAAGUACUAUGGCAUCCUCAACAUGGAACAAAAGUCACACGGAAUAGCCGCCAGCCAAAACGUAUACCACAGGAUUAGCUACACAUUUUCUAUGGUUCUGUUUCUUUAAACAAUUACUUUAACAUAUUGUAAUUCCAUACAGCUCAGACAAGGGCUAUGCAACAGGCUUGCACAGUUUCUGAAGCGUGUCCAGUGCCAGGUACAAUGUAAGAACUAAAGCAAACAACCUUGACCUUAGCUGUUUUCUGUUAAAAGGAAUACUUACGGUACAGCUGAACGAAUGCUCUCUCUAAAUGCUACUUUAGGCUUUCCCAUAACACAAGGACAGUCAUAUUCUCUUUCCAUUCGCUAAAUAAAAAGAAGACAGAAUUUAUAUUGAUUUUUAUGUGCUGCCAAAUGGACACAUGUAGCCAAGCUAAGAAAACCAACAAACUAAUCUUUAAUGUUCUAUUAUCAUUAAAACAUGCAAACCCAAA